UGUCGGCUGGUCGGUGGGCGCAGAACCAUGGAGGUGCCAUCUGUACUGGAGCUGGAUACACUGAAGUAUUCGGAGCUACAAAAGCUGGCGAAACAAGCCGGACUGAAAGCGAAUUUAAAGGCAGAUCGAUUACUCAAGGCUUUGAAAAAGCAUUUUCAUCCAGAUGCCUUGCCAGAGCAGAUGAGUGAAGACUCAGAUGGCAGCUGCACUUUGAGUGAUAAAGAUGAAUCUCAGAGCUGCGAGGUAAAGGAAGAACUUGCAUGCCAUGUUACUGACCGACGUGGUCAGCGUAAUAAGAAGAUCCAAAAUAAAUUAAUUUCUACAGUGAUAAGUCUGGAGGCUGAUGAGCAUGACCAAGCUAAGCAGGUGCCCAAGUGUGAAGAAAUUCAGGAAAAUAACAAUGAAGAAGAUGAAGAAUCUGCCAGGCCUGGCUCAGCAAGGAGGCAAAGGAAGCGCCAAAGGCCUAAAGAUGUGAUUUCCGAGAAAAAGAAACUCGGCCAAACAGGAAAUUCACCCCCAGCAACAAAAAUUCCAAGGCACACUGGUCGUUUAUCUAAGGCUGGAUCUAAAUCUUCAACACCAAACUUUUCUAGUUUACAUGAAGCUCAUUUCAAGAAAAUGGAGUCUAUAGAUAAAUACAUGGAGAGAAAGCAGAAGCGUUUGGAUGCUGUGAGCAGUUCCAUUGAUGAAGUCAAGAUAAUGGCAAUGAAAUCCAACCUGUUGACACAAGCUGAGAAGACUCCAAUCAGUAGUUCAAAGAAAUUGUUACAGAGUAAAUUCUUCAUCUUAAGUCCUACAACACAGAAGGGACUCGAUUUCCCUGCACAAACACCAGCCAGUCAGAGACAGUCUGCGCGUUGCAGCACUGCCAGCCGAAGCAUCCUGGCUAAUAAAUCAGAGAAAAGGGUUUUGGUUCAAUCUGUGUCUAAAAUGAAUGUUAGGUUUUCUAAAACCACAAAAGAUAAUGAGCACAAGCAAUCUUUAAUAAAGACACCUGCUAGAAAAUCCUCUUGCUUCAAAACACCAGAUCAUGAAUCAAGAGGAAGCUUAUCAAUACAAAAAAAGGAACACGUGCUGGAUGCAAAUGAAAGUUUACUAUGUGGGAGUGACCUGAAUUCUGAAGCAAGCGAAAUCUCACUACACAAAGAAGAAUCAGAGGAAAAUAACAUGAAUCCAUCAGCUACUACACCCUUUAAAUUUACUGCGCAACCCGCAACAACUCCAAACACCAAUAAAAAGUUGAGGUUUGAUCUUCAGGCCAGUUUGUCACGGCCACUUGGUUAUCAGCCCUACAAAGGUAAAUUGAAACCUUGGGGACAAGCUAAAGAGAACCAAGCUGUCACUAGUACUACUGUAUCUGCAAUUAAAAAUAAUUUCAAACAGCCUAUACUUCCAACACGUGAUGAAAGGCGCAAAAAGCAUGAAGAAGACAGAAAGGUCAAGAGAGACAAAGCUGUUGGGACACGAAGAGGAAUUGUAACACAGUAGAUAUUCAGCCAUUUUAUGUAUAUAUU